AUGUUUAUAUAUUUAAUUCUAAUUUCACUUGUCUUAACUAUUCAAGGUGUUGAAAAAUCAAAAUUAUUUUCAUAUAGAAUUAUUGCUUUAAAAGACUAUGACUUUUUCAAUCAAUUACAAAUAGGUAAAUUUGCCAAUGAUUGAUAAGAUAAGAAAAUGGAAAAGCCAUGGUUAGUAUUUUUUUUUAUGGAACACGAAUAAAAAUCUAAAGAAUUUAUACCAAUAUUUGAUAAAUUAGCAGAGGAAUUCAAAGCUACAAAUAUGUACUUCUCAGCUGUUGAUAUGUAUUGAAUUAAUUUAGAUAAGAUAUGAAAAUGAAGAUGUUAGAGAUAGAAUAGUUGUUUAGACAUUUCCAUAAUUAGUUUAUUUUGAUAUGAAUAGUCUAAUGUAUAGAUAUAAUGGAGAAUUGACCUUUGAAAGUGUUUCAAACUUUGUGAAAAAUGAAGAAUGGAAUUUACUUUAAGGAAAGAAAGUUCCUAAAGAAAUCAAUUAUUGGAAGAGAUCUAUAAGAAAGCUAACUGGUUUUGUUGCUGUAAAAAUAAGUAAUAAUUAUCAUUAGAUUUUAAUAUACUCAAUAAUUUUUAGUAUAAUUGCAAUAAUCUGUUACUUUUAAAAUAGAUCACAAAAAAAUUUACUAAAGAAAAUUAGAAGAAUUGAUAUAGCACAAUAAAAUAUCUUAGAAAAGAAAAAGAAAUAUAUGAAGAUUGAAUGA